AAUUCGAGGACAAAAAUAUUUCAUGUAUUAUAUUAUCAACAUUGAUAACAUAUAAAAAUUAUAUAUAUAUAUGAUAAUUUUAAUUAUAAUCAGUAUUUAUAUCAUAGUUUCGAAGCAAAUAUGUUCGUUACGUCUUCACUGGAAAUCAGUAUACUUUUUCUACUUGUAAUAUCUGCAAGUGGUAAAGUUGCUUAUAAUACUAGUGUGGAUUAUUUACGAUUUCCACCUAAUUUUCUUUUGGGAGCUGCAACAGCCGCAUAUCAAAUAGAAGGAGCUUGGAACGUGAGCGAUAAAGGAGAAAGUAUUUGGGAUCGAUUCGUCCAUUAUAAGGAUCAUCGCAUUUAUAAUAAUGAUACGGGAGAUAUUGCCGCGAACUCUUAUUAUAAAUACAAGGAAGAUGUCGCUCUUUUGAAGAAAAUUGGAUUUAAAUCUUACCGUUUCUCCGUUAGCUGGCCACGAAUUCUACCAACUGGCUUCGUGAACAAUAUUAGUAAAGAUGGUGUUCGAUAUUAUCAUAAUCUCAUCGAUGAAUUAUUGGCAAACGAUAUCGAACCUAUGAUAACGCUUUAUCAUUGGGAUCAUCCGCAAAAUUUGGAAGAUGCAGGUGGCUGGUUGAACUCAAAUAUGGUAGAUUGGUUCGGUGAUUAUGCCAGAAUUGUGUUUUAUGAAUUCGGUUGGAAAGUGAAACGAUUCAUUACGAUAAACGAGCCAAAGUCCAUGUGUCUGGAUGGCUAUUCGUCCGGCAUAAACGCGCCUGGCAAAAAAUUGCACGGUAUCGGUGAAUACUUGUGUAUGCAUAAUAUGAUCAAGGCGCAUGCAAGAGCCUACAGAAUUUAUGAGAAAGAAUUUAAAAACAAUUAUAAUGGCCAAGUUGGUUUUUUGAUCAAUAUAAUGGCCUACAUACCUAGGAAUUUGACAGAUUUGCAAGCUGCGGAAGUUGCUUUCCAGUUCAAUGUUGGCUGGUGUCUGCAUCCAAUUUACUCGAACGAAGGUGAUUACCCAGAAUUGAUGAAGAACAUGGUGAAUAACAAAAGCUUGGAGCAAGGUUUCAUGAAAUCUCGUUUACCUACGUUUGAGUCAGAUUGGAUUGAAUAUAUACGAGGAAGCUCUGACUUCUUGGCUGUGAAUCAUUAUACUUCAAGGCUAGUAACAUUUGGUUCUAUGGGACAGUUGCCAUCUCAACAAAAUGAUCAAGGAGUGAAAAUGUUCACGGAUAGUUUUUGGAAAUCCUCAGCAUCAAAUUGGUUAAAAGUUGUACCUGAAGGUUUUCGAAUUGCUCUGAAAUAUUUGGCAACAUAUUAUGGAAAUCCUCCAAUGUAUAUCACUGAGAAUGGUGUUUCUGAUUUUGGAACACUCAACGAUGAUGAUAGAAUCUAUUACUAUCGAGAAUAUUUAAAACAGAUGCUUCUCGCCAUUUAUGAUGAUGACGUGAAUGUACAAGGAUAUUUCUUGUGGUCCCUUAUAGACAAUUUUGAAUGGGCCAAAGGAUAUCGGGAACGUUUUGGUAUUGUAUAUGUCGACUAUAAUGAUUCUAACAGGACACGUAUAUUGAAAAAGUCUGCUUCCUGGUGGGAAAAAGUUAUAGCUGCUGGAAAAAUUGACACGUCCUAAAUCAUCUUGAUUUAUCUACAAAAAAAUAAUAAAAU